CGCCAGGUGGCAGCAGUAUCGGUGCAUUCAAAGCACAAGUUUUGGGAGUGGCGUCUAAAUUUCUGUGUUAUUUUGAUCGAUUUUAACUUGGUUUUUUAACAUUUGUUUUUGAUAAUGAUUUGGACGAGAAUAGCGGCCGUAUUGGUUGCCAACUUUUUUAUCAUCGUUACUGGACAACGAUUCCCUACCAUUUCAUACAUCUCUCAGGAGAAAGUAAUUGACAUUGGUGGAUCCAUUGAAUUGGAAUGCUCAGUGCAAUACGUCAGAGAUUUCCCUGUUUUGUGGAUUAAAAUAGACAAUGUUGACCCCUCCAGGACUAUCCCACUUUCCACUGGCUCUAACCUUAUUGUUAAAGACAGCAGGUUCAGCUUGCGCUAUGACCAAGCUAGCUCCACAUACACACUACAGAUCAAGGACAUCCAAGAAAACGAUGCUGGUAAAUACCAGUGUCAAGUCCUGUUGACGGUGACAGAGAAAAUCUCUGCAGAUGUUGCAGUCUCUGUCCGUAUCCCACCCAUCAUUUUUGACAAUUCCACAAGAUCUGUGGUAGUUAGCGAGGGAGAAGGUGUCAAACUAGAGUGCUAUGCUGGUGGAUAUCCAGCACCAACGGUAUCUUGGCGUCGUGAAAACUAUGCCGUGCUACCCACGGGAGGUUCCCAGUACCGCGGUAACAUUUUAACAAUCCCAAGUGUCAGCAAAAACGACCGUGGCACAUACUACUGCGUUGCCGAGAACGGCGUGGGUAAAGGCAAGCGUCGAAAUAUCGCAGUCGAGGUCGAGUUUUCACCUGUGAUCACAGUACCUAGACCCCGACUGGGACAAGCCUUACAGUACGAUAUGGAUCUCGAGUGCCAUGUCAUUGCCUAUCCACCACCGGCAAUCACUUGGUGGAAGGACGAAGUGCAGCUAUCGAAUAACCAACAUUACGCCAUUUCACACUUUGCCACUGCCGACGAAUUUACCGACACAACGUUGCGUAUCCUCACGGCUGAGAAGCGCCAGUACGGCAGGUAUUAUUGCCGUGCCGCCAAUAAGUUGGGCACCGACCAGGCCUCCGUCGAGCUCUUUGAAACGGUCAUUCCCAUUUGCCCACCUGCAUGUGGUCAGAACCUGUUCUCCGUUAGCGUUGCCGCCUCUCUCGGCGGAGUCGACAUCAUCCUGCCCGUCCUUUUAAUUGUCUGCAUGUUCCGUCGCAUCUUCUACUAAAAACACAAAAAAGAAAAGGAGAAACGACGACAACUACUGAGACGGAGAUUGGUUUUCGAAGAUAUCCGGUCCAACUUCAUUGGGCAUCAGAGAGCAGCAACCGGGCAACAUCCUUCGAUACUUUUCUCAGCAUUUGUAGCACAAACAGCCAUUCUUAUCUCGUGCGAAUCUCUUUCUCGUUUUUGUUCUUUUUCUCAUCUCUGAAUUGAUCGUCAACGCACUGCAACUCAAUCCCUCCAUUUAAUUUUUUUAGUUUCAAUCGACAAGACAAACAAAAUGUUAAUCGUUCCAUGUUGUGAGACACUGCUUGCAGUAAAAGAGUAUGUAAAAAUAUGUACCUCUCGGGACAAUAGCAAACAACAUCAGGUACGUACAUAGUAUAGGGUGUUUGCACACACACACAUUCCAUCACUUGUUGACGCUGGUUUAUUUUACCGUGUGUGUUUGUAACUGUGCAGGGAUUGUCUGUUAUUUUUUAAUUUCGA